AUGCCCUCCUCUGCCGCGGCCAGGAUGGGGCUGAGGGCGGCUCGGACAGGUUUUGUGGUCCUGGUGCUGCUCCAGAGCUGUGCUGCAUACAAGCUGAUCUGCUACUACACCAGCUGGUCCCAGUACCGGGAGGGUGAUGGGAGCUGCUUCCCAGAUGCCAUCGACCCCUUGCUGUGCACCCACAUCAUCUACAGCUUUGCCAACAUAAGCAACAAUGAGAUCGACACCUGGGAGUGGAAUGAUGUGACGCUCUAUGACACGCUGAACACACUCAAGAACAGGAACCCCAACCUGAAGACCCUCCUAUCUGUUGGAGGCUGGAGCUUCGGUCCUCAAAGAUUUUCCAAAAUAGCUUCCAAGACCCAGAGUCGCAGGACUUUCAUCAAGUCAGUGCCACCAUUUCUGCGGACCCAUGGCUUUGAUGGACUGGAUCUAGCAUGGCUCUACCCUGGGUGGAGAGACAAGCGGCAUCUCACUGCUCUGAUCAAGGAAAUGAAGGCUGAGUUUGUAAGGGAAGCCCAAGCAGGCACAGAGCAGCUCCUGCUCAGCGCAGCCGUGCCUGCAGGGAAGAUUGCUAUUGACAGAGGCUAUGACAUCGCCCAGAUAUCCCGACACCUGGACUUCAUCAGCCUUUUGACCUAUGACUUUCACGGAGCCUGGCGUCAGACAGUAGGACAUCACAGCCCCCUGUUUCGAGGCCAGGAAGAUGCACGUUCUGACAGAUUCAGUAAUGCUGACUACGCUGUGAGCUACAUGCUGAGGCUGGGGGCUCCAGCCAAUAAGCUGGUGAUGGGUAUCCCUACUUUUGGGAGGAGCUUCACUCUGGCCUCUUCCAAGACAGAUGUGGGAGCCCCCAUCUCAGGGCCAGGAAUACCAGGCCAGUUCACUAAGGAGAAAGGGAUCCUUGCCUAUUAUGAGAUCUGUGACUUCCUCCACGGAGCCACUGUCCAUAGAUUUCGUGACCAGCAGGUCCCUUAUGCCACCAAGGGCAACCAGUGGGUAGCGUAUGACGACCAGGAGAGCGUGAAAAACAAGGCGCGGUACCUGAGGAACAGGCAGCUGGCUGGCGCCAUGGUGUGGGCCCUGGACUUGGACGACUUCCGGGGCACCUUCUGUGGGCAGAACCUGCCCUUUCCUCUCGCGAGUGCCAUCAAGGAUGUGCUUGCUGGGGUGUAG